AACAUUUUCGCUGAAUAUUUCUAGUUCUCAUUAAAAGCAAAAGCAAUGACAACUCUUGUGCGUAAACUAAUUAGCACUGCAAAUGCAGCAAAGCCGGUGGCUCCAUACAAUCAAGCUGUUGUGGCCGAUCGCACUGUUUAUGUCUCCGGCUGUUUGGGCUUGGACAAGACGACGAUGAAACUGGUGCCAGGUGGCGCCACUGAGCAAACAGAGAUGGCGCUGCAAAAUCUGGAGGCAGUGCUGAAGGCAGCCGAUUCCGGCAUCGAUAAGGUGAUCAAGAAUACAGUUUUUCUCAAAGAUCUGAAUGACUUUGGUGCGGUCAACGACGUAUACAAACGAGUGUUCAACAAGGACUUCCCAGCACGCAGCUGCUUCCAGGUGGCCAAGCUACCAAUGGAUGCCCUCGUGGAGAUCGAGUGCAUCGCUUUGACGGGCCCCGUGCGCACAGUUCAAAGCGAAUAGCAAUCAAAGAACGCUAAACUUUGAUCCGAAGUCAACGUAAAUACAAAAUAAAAAUAUAUAAAAUCAUAAA